GAGUAAUUUAUGGUAAUUAACAAUUUGACUCGCUUAUUACUUUACUCUCUUCGUUGAACUCUCAGGAAUAACCUUGCGAGGAAAAAAGCGUGACCGGGGCAGAAGGGAAUAGAAUCUCAGGUUUUUAACGAAAAGUAAACGAAAUAUUAAAAAAUGGAGGAAUAUGCGAGAGAACCCUGUCCGUGGCGUAUAGUUGACGACUGUGGAGGUGCAUUUACAAUGGGAGCAAUUGGUGGUGGUGUAUUCCAGAGUAUAAAAGGAUUUCGUAAUGCCCCCAGUGGUAUCAACAAACGCCUGCUGGGUUCCCUGAUGGCCAUAAAACAGCGAUCCCCAAUAAUCGCUGGUAAUUUCGCAGUCUGGGGUGGAAUGUUCUCCACGAUAGACUGCACACUCGUUCACUUCAGACAGAAAGAAGAUCCCUGGAACUCGAUAAUAAGUGGGGCUGCCACUGGUGGAAUUUUGGCAGCUAGAAACGGGCUGCCAGCUAUGGCAGGCAGUGCCAUAAUUGGAGGAAUGCUCCUGGCCCUUAUCGAGGGCGUUGGCAUCCUAUUUACUAGAUUAUCAGCAGAACAGUUCAAACCAACGACGAUUGACGAUCCCUCACAACUUGGACCCCCACCCCAAGGCUAUUCCUCGUAAUUUUCGUAAGGACUAAAUUAAAUGCAUUUUUUUCGACGCCAAUAUUUCACUGAUAUCUCGCUAUUGAGGGGCAGCAAUAAAUUGCACUUAGAUUUUUUUUCCAGAGAAUUAUUGGAACUGCAAAAAAGGUUUCUGUGAAACCUCUGGUUUCGAAACGAAAUGCACUUUUCCUAGUUUACCAUUUCACAACUGAUUUCUGGAUUGAUUCAAAUAAUCCAGGAGUUUAAUUCAAUUUUAGAUCAUUUGAUGUUCCUUCUGAGCUUCAAUAAAAAUCCUCAUUCGAUUUAUGAAUAGUCUUAUGUUCGUUGUACAGUUAAGGACCAAAAUAAUAAUUAUGUUUAAGGAUAAA